AUGUAUACUGCUGAAGCGUUGACCGUCAACGUUAACGUUCAUGUGACCUCCAAGUUCGUUCGAAUCUCGACAUGGCAAACGGAUGUAUCGCCUAACUUAAUCUUCUCAAGGCUUUGCGUGUAUCCCGCGUUCUUUGCCGUGCCCCCCUUGUUCGAGACAACUACACCGUGCAGACCACUUGUCAAGCUCAACAAGACCAAGGCACAUCACUGGCCACCGUCGACCAUGACCAACACGGAUUCAGACAACUUCGUCGACAUUCCUUCCUCUUUUGAUUCCAUCAGCGAUAUCCCGAAAGACAUGACGAAGACGGAUAGCCCCGCGCUAGGUCGUUUGUUCACCUUCCUCUGUAAAUUCACUCUCAAAUGUCCUGAUCUCGGGGAAUUAUGGCAAGAGGUGAGAAAUGAAACUGGCUGGAAGAAGUAUAAUAAGCACUUGCACGAUGAGGCGCAAGUACUGGUUGUUGUUGUUGCGAGUCUUGCAUGCAUGAAUCAAUCGCGCAGUCAAAGCCUCGUCCUGCUAUCCAUCAUGGGACUGAAGUUCCACACAUUUUUCAAGACAACCGCCACAAUGGUAGAGUUAGAUGAAGACUUCACGGAGGACCAGAGACCAUUCGAUGUGGCGCGUGUCGAGGUCCUAACACACCUAUGUUCAUUUCGCAUGAUACAAUUUGUUCUUGCCAAUUCUUUGGGGUGUCUCACAGGCGCUCUUUCUAUCACUGCGCUAGGAGUGAAUGGCUUUACUUCUUUUGUGGUAGUUGCCACGGAUAGACUAGACGAAGAUCACCGCCAGCGAACCCCACAGCACACGUUCUAUUCGAUGAUCAUUGAAAAAUGGAUAUCUCCUGCCGAGGACAUCGUUGAAUUCGUAUUUUCACGCAUGAGCUCCUUGUGUAUACAAGAUGGUGAUAUGUUCGAUCUCGAGGAAUUAUGGAAGGAUGUGAGAAAGGAAAACGGCUGGCAGAAGUAUAACAGUGACUUGAAGGAAGGGACGCUGGGCCCCCUUGUGGGUCACGCCUUGGUUCUUUCUGCGACUCUUGCAUGCAGGUUGAAUCCUCCGCCUGCUCAAGAACUUGCCACCAUCUCCCAUGGGCUUUAUCUCUGGCUGCUCUUCGCAUCGUCACUGUCGUCCUGCAUGGGACUAUUUUUCGAGGGGUUUUUUAUGGGAUCCGUCGCGCAGCUCCGUUAUUGA